AUGCCACCUCUUAACGCUUCUUGUCCCUCUCCUGUCACCUUCUUGCUGAUGGGCAUCCCAGGACUAGAGCACCUGCAUGUCUGGAUUGGGAUUCCCUUCUGCUCCAUGUACCUGGUGGCUGUGGUGGGGAACGUGACCAUCCUGGCCGUGGUGAAGGCAGAGAGAAGCCUCUAUGAGCCCAUGUUCCUCUUUCUGUGCAUGCUCUCAGUCACUGAUCUGGUCCUCUCCACUUCUACGUUGCCCCGCAUGCUCUGUCUCUUCUGGCUGGGAGUCCAUGACAUCGCCUUUGAUGCCUGCCUGGCCCAAAUGUUCUUCAUUCACAGCUUUACUGCCAUGGAAUCAGGAUUCUUUUUGGCCAUGGCUGUUGACCGUUAUGUGGCCAUUUGUGACCCACUGCACCACACCACCAUUCUCACCCAUGCUCACAUCACUAUGAUGGGUACUAUUGUGGUGAUUCGGGGUGUAGCCUUCUUUUCUCCACACCCCAUCCUGCUCAAACAGCUGCCUUACUGCAGAGCACGAAUCAUUGCCCACACCUACUGUGAAUUUAUGGCUGUGGUGAAGCUGGCGUGUGUGGACACAGGGGCCACCAAGAGAUAUAGCCUCAGUGUGGCUUCUAUCAUUGGCUCAUGUGAUGCUAUUCUCAUUGCCGUAUCCUAUGCCUUCAUUCUUCGUUCUGUACUCCGUCUGCCAUCCCGAGAAGCUAGCUUUAAGGCUUUGGGCACAUGUGGAUCCCACGUCUGUGUUAUUCUUGUCUUCUAUUCCACAGCUGGUUUUUCCAUUUUUACUCACCGUUUUGGGAAAAAUGUGCCUGCACGUAUCCAUAUUUUUAUUGCAAAUAUGUACCUUUUGGUGCCCCCUUUUCUCAACCCCAUUGUGUAUGGAGUAAGGACCAAGAAAAUACGGGAACAUGUUUUUAGGACACUAAUGGUCAAAGUUUCCCAAUUUUAG